AUGGCGUCCAAGAGCGCCAUCUUGCCUCUGCUGAGGCGAGAAAUGCGAUCCUCCAUCCGAAUCGCACGAGCUAGCCAUUCCUUCUCCACCGCUAUUGCCUCUUCAGUUCGUCCCGCUCGUCCAUUCUCGACCUCCGACCGUCGAGUAGCCCGCCGGGUCGCCCUCGCCUCUCCCCAGACCCGUGCCUUUUCCCAGACAGUAUCACGCCGCUUUACUGACGAAAAUGGCAACUUUGACCCUCGGAAGUUGGACCGAGAGUAUGACGAGGUGGAUGUGUGCAUCGUGGGUGGUGGUCCCGCCGGUCUCGCUGCUGCCAUCAAGUUGAAACAACUCGCCAAUGAAGCCGGAAACGAGGAAUUCCGCGUUAUUCUGCUGGAGAAAGCUGGUGAGAUUGGUUCGCAUAUCGUCUCAGGCAAUGUCCUCCAGCCGACCGCCAUGAAUGAGCUAUUCCCGGACUGGUUGUCCGAAGACAACCCUUCGCGCUUCACCGGUGCAACCCCCGCCAAAGGCGACAAGAUGCGAUUCCUCACCAAGACCGGAUCGUACCCGCUUCCAACCCCGCCGCAGAUGCACAACGAUGGCAAUUAUAUUCUCAGUCUGAGCGAGUUGACACAGUGGCUGGGCGAGCGAGCGGAGGAGGUUGGUGUGGAGGUUUAUCCCGGUUUCGGCGCCAGCGAAAUGGUCUAUAAGCCUGAUGGGUCUGUGAAGGGUGUGGCCACCAACGAUCUGGGUCUGAACCGUGAGGGUCAGGCUAAGGACACCUUUGAACGGGGAAUGGAAUUCCACGCGCGGGUCACACUGCUGGCUGAGGGCUGCCACGGAAGCUUGACAAAGCAAGUUAUUAAGAAAUACGACCUGCGACGGAACAGUCAACCCCAGACAUACGGCUUGGGUAUCAAGGAAAUCUGGGAGAUUCAGCCGGAGAAGUUCCGCUCUGGAGAGAUCAUUCACUCUAUGGGGUACCCGUUGCCCAAGGACACAUACGGUGGCGCUUGGAUGUACCACUUUGGCGACAACAUGGUGAGCAUUGGUCUUGUCGUUGGAUUGGAUUACCCCAACCCGUGGCUGUCACCGUACGGCGAAUUCCAGAAGAUGAAGCAUCACCCCAUGUUCAAGGAGGUUCUCGAGGGCGGCAAGUGUAUCUCGUACGGUGCUCGUGCGCUUAACGAAGGUGGCUUCCAGUCCAUCCCCAAGUGCGCAUUCCCCGGCGGUGCCUUGAUUGGUGAUACCGCGGGAUUCUUGAACGUUCCCAAGAUCAAGGGCACGCACACCGCGAUGAAGUCGGGUAUGUUGGCCGCCGAGGCAGCAUUCUCCGCCCUGAAGGGCGAAGAUAAGGGCACAGUUUUCCUGUUCGAUUACGAGCAAGCUCUCCGCGAUUCAUCCAUCUGGAAGGAGUUGUAUGAAGUGCGCAACAUCCGACCAUCUUUCAACACCCCCCUCGGUUUCUUCGGUGGACUGCUCUACUCCGGACUCGAGGCCUUAAUCUUCAAGGGCCGUGUUCCAUGGACUCUCAGUCACCAUGGCACGGACGCCGAGGCUACCAAGCCUGCCUCGCAAUACAACAAGAUUGACUACCCCAAACCUGACGGCGAGAUCAGCUUCGAUAUCUUAACCAGCGUGAGCCGCACGGGUACCAACCACGAGGAGGACCAGCCUGUGCAUCUCCAAGUAGAGGACUGGGACAAACACAAGGACCUGGCAUGGCCCGUUUACAAGGGCAUUGAGAAUCGAUUCUGUCCGGCUGGAGUAUACGAGUACGUUGAGGACCCAAGCAAAGAGCAUGGAGUCCGGUUCCAGAUCAACGCUCAGAAUUGCAUCCACUGCAAGACAUGCGAUAUCAAAGUUCCUACUCAGGAUAUUAACUGGCAAACUCCUCAGGGUGGAGAGGGCCCCAAAUACAUCAUGACAUAA